AUGGCUCAUCAAGACGAAGAACAUUCCCAUUCAGAAGACCAUCACUCUCAUCAUGACUCAGCCGAUCAUGCAGCUACUACCCAUUCAGAAGAGCAUCACUCUGAUCACCACGGCCAUUGGCAGCCUCCUCAUUUCACUCCUGAGGAAAGAAUUUUAUGGGGCUAUCCAAAAGGCAUUCAAAACUCAUGCACUGAUAACCAUGUCGCAUUUGAAAUGUGCACUCGUAAAACUGCUGAAGGCGGUUUUCCUUUUAGAUGGACUUUUAAGCUCCACUGGGCUGAUCGUGUGCAAUGUCAAAAUGAAUGAACUUCUUUAGUACAUUGUGAAGAAAAUAGAGUCUUUGAAGUUUUUGAAAGAACUAAAGGCUCAAUUAUUAACUUGAAAGGCAAGUAA